CAGAGCGUGCGGGCGGCGGGGCAGAGCCGCAGGUCCUUUGACCUCGGCCGCAGGGAGCGAGCGAGUGUUGGCCCGAGAAGAGACUCCUGAAAACUGAAAACAAAAGUUCGUGAAUAGAAUAUUUGGAAAUUUUCCUCACAAAACGUUCAGAGUCUUCAAAUGGAUUUUAAAAUUGAACACACUUGGGAUGGUUUUCCAGUGAAGCAUGAGCCAGUGUUUGUCAGGCUGAAUCCAGGUGAUAGAGGAGUGAUGAUGGAAGUUAGCGCUCCAUUUUUCAAUGAUCCUCCAGCCCCACUAGGAGAACCGGGAAAGCCUUUCAAUGAACUGUGGGAUUAUGAAGUUGUGGAAGCAUUUUUCUUGAAUGACAUAACUGAACAGUAUUUAGAAGUUGAACUUUGUCCCCAUGGACAGCAUUUGGUGCUUUUACUCUCUGGAAAAAGAAAUGUGUGGAAACAAGAACUUGAUCUAUCAUUCAAAGCGUGCAGAGGAGAGACAAAAUGGGAAGGUAGAGCUUAUCUUCCUUGGAGUUAUUUUCCACCAAAUGUGACAAAAUUCAAUUCAUUUGCAAUUCAUGGAUCAAAAGAUAAAAGAAGCUAUGAAGCUCUUUACCCUGUACUUCCACAUGAGCUACAGCAAGGACAAAAACCUGAUUUCCAUCGUCUGGAAUACUUCAAGCCUUUCAAUUUUAACACACUGCUCGGAGAAGAGUGGAAACAACCAGAGUCAGACCUGUGGCUAACAGAGAAACCUUAUGUGUAGGAGUAUAGUAGAUGACCAUAUCAAUCAUUUCUUCUCUAUACCUUUUAAGGUAAACUAAUAAUAAGUAUAAUCUCUUUCAAGAUACCAUGAACAUAUUUCAAUGAUAAAUAUUUCAUAGAGGUCAGUGAAAGUAUAUGGUAUCUCUGUGGCAAAUUGUGUAUGAAUUAACAAGAAAGUAGAAAGUUCAUGUAUGAUUUUAUCUAUAAAGUGAAAAUGUUUCUUGGAGUCACUUAGUCCAGGAGCCAUCAUGCCAAGGGUUUCUACCAUCUGCCUUGCAGCGCCAUCACCCCACAUAUCCCGGACUCUGUCAUCCAAAAUCAAUAUUUCUCUUCCCACUCCCGUAAACCUCAGCCAGCUUAUGACUGAACAUCUUAUUUGCACAUUUUUGAACUCCAUAGUAAUGUAUAAUAAUUCUUUACUCAGACUCCUCUGUCCAUUUUUGAAAUGAAUAGAAAACAAUGACAUAUUUCAGUUGAACAGGAGGUGCACAUCUCUUAAGGCAUUAUUAAAAUACAUAUGCUAUUUAAUUAGCUGUAUUUCCUGUCUUAUGACUACUUUUCUUCUGUAGAAGAAAGUGGAAUGAAGUAGUCUUGAAUUCGGGCAACAGAUUCUGCUUUCAUUUACAAAUAAAUGACAUUUUCUUAAUGCUGUUAAACAAGAUGUCAAAAAGUCUUCAUUUUAUUUUAUAAACAUCAAACACUCCUGGACCAUAAUUUUCAAAUUUUAUAUUAUAAUUCAUAGCUUGAAGCCAUCUAGUAGAUUAUCUAUGAACUUCUCCACCAAACCUGGUCCUUUACCACCAUUCUUAACUCAGAGAUUAGCAGUCUUACAGAAGAAGAACCUUUAUUACUUGUACAGAUACUUAGUUGCCUACCCAGAGAUAUACUUUUUCCUCUUCUUCUUUGCUAACUCUUUUAUAUAACUUGAAUUUUUAGGGGAUUUGCUCAAAAACUACAUUUACUCAUACUCCUUUGCAGGUAAAAAUGGCACUGUAAAACAGUUUAGGUCAACGAGAUUUAAGUAUACAGUGUUAGAUGGGCCUUUAAGAAAAGAUGCCUCACAGAUGAAGGACUCUGCUGCCAUGUACCUUUUGUCCUUUGCCUUCCCUC